UCCCUGGUGGCGCAGUGGUUGAGAGUCCGCCUGCCGAUGCAGGGGACGCGGGUUCGUGCCCCGGUCCGGGAGGAUCCCACAUGCCGCGGAGCGGCUGGGCCCGUGAGCCAUGGCCGCUGAGCCUGCGCGUCCGGAGCCUGUGCUCCGCAACAGAGAGGCCACAACAGUGAGAGGCCCGCGUACCGCAAAAAAGAAAAAAAAAAAAGAAAAAAGUCUGAUGUAUUACAAAUGAUGUUACACAGCGAUAUGAUAAAAUUCGCUGGAGUGAGUUCAGGUCAUGCACACAAUCAAGAGAGGUUACUCUGAUUACAAAGAAAAUCAAAGUUUUAAAAUAAAAUAUUCUUCCCUAGCCAACUCGCCGUUUUCUCCACCUUCCAGAGGUAUCGAGGUAACAGAAGUUAGUCCUCAAACCUCGCGAGAAUACUUCACUCUCGCUUCACUGAGCGAAGGCCGAGGAUGGCCAAUCAGGAGGAGGGGGCGUCACCGCGACCAGCCCCUGUUGCCGGGAGACGCGAAGGCAAGCGGCCUCUAGGGGUUAGGCCUUGAGGCCCCAGGAAAGCUGCGCGCAGAAUUAAAGCAAGCUCAACCUUGUACAUAGUGAUACCUGGAAUGGCAAUUUGCAAGAAAAGUCAUCAUGGAUUAAAUGUUUGAAGGAAGAGUAUGCAGGUCACUACUAUCUUGCUACAGAAGACACCAAAGGAGACCUAUUCCUUGUUUCCAAACAGUGGUUAAAGUGAGCAAGCAAUGGCCAGUAAUCACAAACCUUCAGCAGCUCGCCCUGUUUCUCGAGGUGGGAUUGGAUUGACAGGAAGGCCUCCUUCUGGAAUACGACCCCCAUCAGGAAAUAUUCGAGUGGCAACUGGAAUGCCACCUGGAACAGCAAGACUGGGCUCUCGUGGUGGUCCCAUAGGGACAGUAGGAGUUCUGUCCUCUCAAAUCAAAGUUGCUGAUCGUCCUGUGACACAACAAGGUUUGAGUGGAAUGAAAACUGGGAUGAAAGGUCCCCAGAGGCAAAUUUUAGACAAAUCUUAUUAUCUUGGGCUUCUUCGAAGUAAAAUAAGUGAACUUACAACAGAAAUCAAUAAACUUCAGAAAGAAAUAGAAAUGUACAAUCAAGAGAAUUCAGUAUAUUUGUCAUAUGAAAAGAGAGCUGAGACUUUAGCUGUUGAAAUCAAAGAGUUUCAAGGACAGCUAGCAGACUACAACAUGUUGGUAGAUAAACUUAAUACCAACACUGAAAUGGAAGAAGUAAUGAAUGAUUACAACAUGCUUAAAGCUCAAAAUGAUCGAGAAACACAAAGUAUGGAUAUUAUAUUUACUGAAAGACAAGCGAAGGAAAAACAAAUUAGAAGUGUAGAAGAAGAAACUGAACAGGAAAAACAGGCAGCAGAGGGCAUUAUCAAAAAUAUGCCUCCUGAAAAACAAGUCAAGUAUAUAGAAAUGAAAACCAUGAAUGAGAAAUUGUUGCAGGAAUUAGAUACACUUCAGCAACAGCUAGAUUCACUGAACAUGAAAAAAGAGAGCUUGGAAUCUGAAAUAGCACACUCCCAGGUAAAACAGGAGGCUGUAUUGUUGCAUGAAAAACUUUAUGAGUUGGAGUCCCAUCGGGAUCAAAUGAUUGCAGAAGACAAAAGCAUGGGAUCCCCAAUGGAAGAGAGAGAGAGAUUACUUAAGCAGGUUAAAGAAGAUAAUCAGGAAAUAGCCAGCAUGGAGCGACAGUUAACAGAUAUAAAAGAAAAAAUAAAUCAGCUUAAUGAAGAAAUUAGACAACUUGACAUGGAUUUAGAAGAACACCAAGGUGAAAUGAAUCAGAAGUACAAGGAGCUAAAAAAAAGGGAGGAAAAUAUGGACACCUUUAUUGAGACUUUUGAGGAAACUAAGAACCAGGAACUGGAAAGGAAGGCACAGAUAGAAGCCAACAUUGUUGCACUCUUGGAACACUGUAGUCGAAAUAUAAAUCGUAUGAAACAGAUAUCCUCUAUCACCAAUCAAGAGCUGAAGAUGAUGCAGGAUGAUCUCAAUUUUAAAUCUGCUGAAAUGCAGAAAUCACAAAGUACGGCUAGGAAUCUGACUUCAGAUAGUCAGCGUCUACAGUUGGAUCUACAAAAAAUGGAGCUACUGGAAAGUAAAAUGACUGAGGAACAACAGUCUCUAAAAAGCAAAAUUAAGCAAAUGAUAACUGAUCUGGAAACAUAUAAUGAUUUGCCAGCUUUAAAAUCAUCAGGUGAAGAAAAGAAAAAGAAAUUGCAUCAGGAGAGAACAGUAUUAUCAACCCGCAGAAAUGCCUUUAAAAAAACAAUUCAGAAACUGAGCACAGAAUAUGAGACACUAAAAACACAAUUGCAAGAAAACGAGACACAUUCUCAGCUUACAAAUUUGGAGAGGAAGUGGCAACACCAUGAGCAAAAUAAUUUUGUGAUGAAAGAAUUCAUAGCAACCAAGAGUCAAGAGAGUGAUUACCGGCCAAUUAUGAAGAAUGUGACCAAGCAGAUUGCAGAGUAUAAUAAAGCCAUCAUGGAUGCUCUACAUAGUAUGAGCAGAAACUGAGUCUGAACCAACUACAAGUCUCUAUAGAAAUAUCCUCUUGCUGCUAAACUUCAUACAUGCCGGCUGAAAAAUAAUAGCUAACCCUUGAAGAGUUUUACCUAAAAUUUUUGAAUGUUACAGUUUUUGUGGCCUCUUUGA